UUAAAGUUAUAAUUAUAUAUUCAGUCUGGCAACAUUUCAGUCACCACGCGAUUUUCGUGAAUCUCUUAAAAUUCGUAGGUUUUCUCGAAGUAUAUUUUAGAUUCACGGAAUUUAAUAUAAUAAAAGUGCUAUCAAAAUGUUCGGCCAACAACCUAUUUUAGUGCUCAGCCAAAACACAAAACGUGACUCCGGCCGGAAGGUUCAACUGGAGAAUAUAAAUGCUGGAAAGACGAUAGCCGACGUUAUUCGAACAUGCCUCGGGCCUCAGGCUAUGUUGAAAAUGUUGAUGGACCCGAUGGGAGGUAUUGUGAUGACCAACGACGGCAAUGCUAUCCUCCGUGAGAUCACCGUGCAGCACCCGGCCGCCAAAUCUAUGAUUGAAAUCGCCAGAACACAAGAUGAAGAGGUUGGAGAUGGCACCACUUCAGUCAUCGUCUUGGCCGGAGAAAUGUUGGCCGUUGCUGAGCAGUUCCUCGUCCAGAACAUCCACCCAACAGUCAUCAUCAGGGAGUACAGACAGGCCCUGGAAGACGCUGUCAAACUGCUUCAGGACAAGAUUUCUAUACCCAUUGAUUUGAAUGAUAGAGACAAGUUAAAGGAAGUUAUCCGUUCCUGUGUGGGUACCAAGUACAUUGGUCGCUGGGCCGACCUUGCUGUGGAUAUUGCACUGGAUGCAGUGAACACAGUCACCAUCAAUGACAAUGGACGAGUUGAAGUAGACAUUAAAAACUAUGCCAAAGUAGAGAAGAUCCCAGGUGGUACAAUUGAAGAGUCCAAAGUACUGAACGGAGUGAUGUUCAACAAGGAUGUGACCCACGCCAAGAUGCGGCGCUACAUCGAGAACCCGCGCAUCAUCCUGCUUGACUGCCCUCUGGAGUACAAGAAGGGAGAGAGCCAGACCAACAUUGAGAUCUUAGGAGAACAGGACUUCACAAGACUGCUUCAGUUGGAAGAGGAGCACGUUCAGCGUCAGUGUGAGGAGAUCAUCGCCCUCAAGCCAGACAUUGUCUUCACCGAGAAGGGAAUCUCUGACCUCGCGCAACACUACCUCGUUAAGGCCGGCAUUACAGCUAUUCGCAGACUUCGUAAAACGGACAACAACCGCCUGGCCCGUGCAUGCGGCGCCACCAUCGUGAACCGCACGGAGGAACUGAAGGAGUCGGACGUGGGCACCCAGGCCGGCAAGUUCGAGGUCAAGAAGAUCGGAGACGAGUACUUCACCUUUGUUACCGAGUGCAAGAACCCUAAGGCGUGUACCAUCUUACUGCGCGGCGCGUCAAAGGAUGUACUUAACGAGAUUGAGAGGAAUCUACAGGACGCUCUCCAUGUUGCCAAGAACUUGGUACUGAACCCACGCCUAGUAGCGGGUGGUGGCGCGGUGGAGAUGGCCGUGUCGCAAGCUCUCUCAGCCAACGCGGCGCACAACACGCCGUACCGCGCGGUAGCACAGGCACUAGAGAUAAUCCCGCGCACGCUGGCGCAGAACUGCGGCGCGAACACGAUCCGCACGCUGACGGCGCUGCGCGCGCGACACGCCGCCGCCUGCAGCACCGCCGGCAUCGACGGCGACUCCGGCGACAUCGUCGACAUGGCCGUCAAGGGCAUCUGGGAACCACUAGCUGUUAAACUGCAGGUAUACAAAACAGCGGUGGAGACAGCGAUCCUACUCCUCAGAAUUGACGACAUCGUGUCUGGCUCCAAGAAGAAGGGCGGCAACGAACCGGCCACGCCCGGACAGAUGGCCGGCAUGGAAUAACACUAGCCUAGUUAUAAACAUUCUAAUUUACUUGUGCAAGGACUAAAUCUAUAGCCAUUACAUACUCAUACUGACAUUACCAUGGGAUACUUAAAAAAAGCUCAUUUGAAAUACCAAAAUGACGUAGCAAGCUGUAGCAUCAUAGUUGCUACGUCAUUCUGAAUUUUACUAUUUAACUCGUAAUUGUAAUUAUUACAAUGUAAAGAGAAUAAAAUACGUUUUACUGAAUAGUGAAUACUAUUUAUUGUUUAUACAAUACUGCCCAGUGACAAAGAUGUGUCAGUUCACUAGCAUUUGAUUAUGUUUAUGUGUAAAGAACUUAGGUAGCGUUAGGUUUACAUACUUUGGCCAGUUUUAGGUUGUUGUGCUUAGUACGCUAGCUUACCCAAGCACAUUAGCACACCUUGUACUCGAAUCCAUCCAAAAAAUACUAUAAUCAUUAAAUAAGUAAGAAUAUGUGUGAACGACAAGUUAAAACGUCAGGCCUAACCCGAAAGAGUAUCACAACUAUAGAUUUAGUUCUUAAAACAAUUUGGAACUGUAUUAAAUACCUAGUUUAUAAUUAUCGUGUAACUAUACGGUGUUCUAAAAUACCUGUUCCGCGAUACGAUUUAGCUUUCGCAUAAUCUAGUGCUAACGAUGCCUUAAUUUAGAGUUCCAACACGAAAUAUUGUCUAAUGUUACUUACUUUACGUAUAUUCUUAUUAUUUAUCACAAUUUGUUUCGUCUGUACACAAGAGUGCAUUUAAGUUCAUUAAUGGCUAUUUUAAAACUGAACAAUAAUAGUAUUAAACGUUUUAUAUAUCAA